CAUUAACACAGGCCGCAGACCUUCUGUCCUAAGUACACAAAUCUAAAUCUGAAUGUGGAUUCAUGGUAAUCAGUAUGUUGAAUGAACACAAUCUUAUAUUCAUUUUGAAACACGGUUUAACUGAGUAUAUGACUGUCUAGUUCCAUUGAUUACCUUUUGCUCAGUUAUGUGACCAAUUCAAACGUGUUACGUGUGAAUGCAUCCAGUAUUACUUUGUUUAGCUGUCUGUUUAUCUACCUCUCUGCCGAUCAUAUUUAAUUAUUAUAUUGACCUUUACAUACUUCGGACACGCUGACUAUCUUGAGCUAAAAGGAAUCCUUUGUGAUUCAUUACUAUCACACACGGUAGCUCGUUAAGAAGAAGCUUUCUUUAUCCCAUUUGAACACUUUUAAAGGAGAACCUGAAUCUUCAUAGAAAUACUUAAUCCAAGAAUUGAAACGGAUCACAUAACCUAUCGUGUUGAUUACUGAAGCAUGAAUAUAGCUGUUAUCGGUUUCAUCAAGCCCGUUGCUUUUAGUUCUUACGACGUAAUUGGCGCAACCUAUAAAUGUUUCGACUUUCUGAGUGCUCUCCCCUUGUCUGUUGCGUUAUCGCGCAGUUUUCAUCUGAUAAUUCUAAAAUAACAUUUCGUUGGAAUUAAAGGAAUACUUAUUCUUAAUAAUUCUCACAAGAAAUGGGAUCUCACUUUGGUGUAGUACAACCAAUUUUCACGGAUUUCUAUGAAUUGACAAUGUCGUAUGCCUAUUGGAAAGCUGGAAAAGCCAAUGAUACUGCAACUUUUGAAAUGUUUUUUCGUAAAAAUCCUUUCAAUGGGGAGUUCACUAUAUUUGCUGGUCUUCAGGAUUGUAUUGAGUAUUUAAGUUCGUUUAGAUUCACUCAGGAUGAUGUUGAAUAUUUGCAAAAAAUUAUGCCAUCAACUGUUGAUCCCGAUUUCUUUGAUUAUUUGCUUAGUAUUGAUACAAAGGGAUUAUUGUUAUGGUCUGUUAAAGAAUGUUCAGUUGUUUUUCCAAAAGUUCCUAUUAUGCGAAUUGAAGGACCAGUAGUACUAUGUCAACUUGUAGAAUCUACAUUAUUGAAUUUGGUUAAUUAUGCGAGCCUAGUGACUACGAAUGCUACACGUUACCGUCUGGCUUGUGGUCCAAUUAAAAAAUUAUAUGAAUUUGGUUUACGUCGUGCUCAAGGACCAGAUGGUGCACUCUCAGCUUCAAAGUAUGCAUAUUUAGGAGGUUAUGAUGGAACUAGUAAUGUUCUAGCUGGGAAAAUAUAUGGAAUUCCAGUUGUUGGGACACAUGCACAUUCAUUUGUGUCAGCUUUUCAAUCUUCUUAUGAAGGGGAAUGUAUGAAUGAUUUCGGAAAAUUCAGAAGAGAAGCCGCCGAUCUAAAUAACUCAUAUGAUGAUCACCUUUUAGACUUAAACCGUCAACCAAUGAAAUUGAAUGAAUUUUUGAAACGUUGUUGGUAUUGGUCUGCUAGUUUAUCUCGUGUAUUAAAAUAUCAUUCAGAUCAAAUACAUCCAGGUGAAUUAAAUGCAUUCGCCAAUUAUGCUAUUGCAUUUCCGACAAAAUUUCUUGGUUUACUUGAUACAUAUGAUGUGUUAAAAUCAGGUUUACCAAAUUUUUGUGCAGUUGCAUUAGCUCUUCAUGAAUUUGGUUAUCAAGCUAUUGGUAUACGUAUUGAUAGCGGUGAUAUAGCCUACUUAUCAUUGAAAAUUCGUAAUACGUUUCAGCUAAUCAGUUCACACUAUAAUUUACCUUGGUUUGCACAACUUCAAAUACUUGCCAGCAAUGAUUUAAACGAAGAUACAUUACAUUCUUUUAAUCAACAAGAUCACUCAAUUGAUGCAUUUUGUGUUGGGACAAAUCUAGUCACCUGUCAAAAACAACCAGCCUUAGGAUGUGUAUAUAAACUUGUUGAAAUUAAUGGAACUCCAACAAUGAAACUUAGUGCUGAUUUUGAAAAACUUACUUUGCCAGGAAAAAAAGUAGUUUAUCGUUUAUAUAGUCAGCAAGGUGAAGCAUUACUGGAUUUAAUGAGACGCUCACAUGAAGAUUCUCCAAACGUUAAUGAACGUAUUCUUUGUAGACACCCAACUCAAGCAUCGAAACGUGUUUUUGUUGUACCCGGAAGAGUUGAACCAUUACUCAAGUUAUAUUGGAAUUAUGGAAAAUUAGUUAAACCAUUGCCGACAUUGAAUGAAUCUAGAGAAUACGCUAUGAAUGAAUUAAACACUCUAAGACCAGAUUAUAAACGUAUAACUAAACCGACGCAAUAUAAAGUUUCAGUUUCGGAUGAAUUAUAUCAAUUCACUCAAGAAUUAUGGCUUAGUAUUACACCAAUUGGUGAAAUUAGUUAGUAAUUUUAUUCAACUUUUUAUUACUACUGUUAUAAAUAGUUCAUUUUUCUUUAUAUCCACCUUUCACAUAUCAACCUAAUUUAUAACAAAUGUACUAUUUUUUGCCUGCCAUCAUUUGUUUAUUACUUAUUUCUUUAUUAUUAGUAGUAUUCUGAUUAGUAUUUUGUUUAAGUCUUGCUUUACUAUACAAAUAGAUUGCUUUCAAUACUUUUUUGUGAUAAAUUUGAAAGAUAAAUUCAAAACAACAUAUCUAUGUAUUUUUGACUACAUUUUCUCAUACCAAAUAUUUUUUAUGUAUAGAUUAUGAAUACCAAUAAAAAAUUUCGUCUUGUUCGCAAAGAAUAUUCACUUUAGUUGCCAUUUUGUUGUUGUUAAAUUAUUUGUGGUAAUAGACAACAUAAACUAUGCUAUGAAAUAAUGGAGAAUAUUUUUCGACUCAGGUGGAUACUUUUGGUAGUGUUGAAUUCUUCUAACUAGAUGUUUUAUAAUUUCGGAGUUCUCAUUUUCGUUCUGGACAACACAUUAUCAGUGCUUACUACAAAAGGUUACUCGGAAAGACAAUGAAUGCUUUACAACCAAAUCAUUGAGCUCGGAGACCACAACAAAACUAUUCUAUGGAAGAAUGUUCUCCUUAAAUACCGGGUUUACGUUUUAUAUAUACAUAAUAUUAGUCAAAGUACCUGUACUUGGCUAGUGAGUAACUGUGUCAACAAACCCCUAUGAAGCAUUGUAUUCUUAUCUUCUGAAAUUGGUUACUGAGAAUAAAAAUUAUCUCCUAAGUGUUUCUAUUUAUUUUAGUUCCGACUAAAAUAUUCAUAUCUUAUCUAAAAUGAUUAUGAUUUUUAAAAAAAAAAUUUCUGUCCAUUUUUAAAUCCUUAUUGUUUGUAUUUUCAAGUUUAUUGAGUUUUCACACGUAUCACUGCUGUUGAGAUCUUUAUUUAUUUAUUUGGACACAUAAAUAUUGGUACAAAGGUGCACCAGAUACAUAUGCGUCACACAAAUAACGAUGGGAAUAUGAAGACAUAUAGAAUGUAAGGUGAGUAUAGGGAAAAGGGGAACAAUAACGAACGAAAAUUUGUGCAUGAUAGUGAAAUAGUAAUAAUGGAAGAAACAGUUCAGUUAACAAAGGCACAACCAGAAAGAAUUGUCUCAGUCACCUAAGUUACGUCCACUUUUAUGAAGAACGUAAAAUAAAGUUACAACAGGUUUGCCACUGGCUUCUAUUCUGAGCAAGAUCUGCUAACGUCUCUAUCCAGUGCUGCACCAUCUCUAAGACCACAACCAGGGAGUCCUGAAGUAACAACAGAAGCCAGUCUUGUACAACUUCCUUUCAUAUCACGACACCAUGUCAUACACUGACAACCUCUCCGUUUUUUCCGACCAGCCCCAGAGUCGGCAAAUAAUGCACGACGUGGAAUUCUCUCGGCGACAUUUGUAGAACAUGUCCAAGGCACCGCAGUGGGUGUUUCAAGAUGCUGACACCAAUUGAUUGCAUGGUUUUAGUAUCAUCGCAUAGUAAAAUAAUAUCAUCUGCAUACUCAAGGUCAAAGUUUUUCUCUAUGCAACAGAUCCAUACCACCAUUGCCUACUUUCAUCAGAGCAAAGUCGGGGAGGAAUAGUUAGAUUGAGCAACCCUGCUUACCCCACUGCUUGGAUGGGACAAUAAAGAGAGAUGGCUAUAUGAUUUCACUCUGCCUGAAAUGUUUGUAUAUAGGGUUCUCAGGAUGUUAAUCAAUUUCUCAGACACACACUUCUUCAAUAAACAAUCACAGAGAACAGUCCGGUCCCACGAAUCGAAGCCAGUCAUAAUGUCAAGAGACAUUAGGGCUGUUGGUCUGUGGUAAGUAUAACCGUGUUCUGCCAUUUGGCGGAGGGUGAUAUGGUCAAUAUAUCUUUGACCAGAACGAAAACCAGCCUGCUGCUUGCGAGUCAACCCCUCCCGAGUAUCGAGCAAUCUACGAGAUAUGACGAAAUCAAAUAGUUUGGACGCAACCGAAAGUAGACUUAUCACCCAACAGUGACAACUUUAGAUUCAUUCCAGGGUGUUGGGAUACUCUAAUUACCAGGCCUGUGUAACCAAAUCAGUCAGUUCCUUAACCAAAAGGUCAUCACCAUCUUUAAAAAGAUCCGGAAGUAAGUCAUCUGGACCUGGUGAUUUGUAGCGCUUCAGGAUUUGGAGUUUCUUGCGGACCUCUGUUUCGUUAGGUGGAUCAGUCGUCACAGGCCAUGAAGAGUAGUACAGGCUGGUCUAUUUAGUCAGGGCAGCAGACAAGUCGAAUUAUUCCUCGAAAACUCAGCCCAUUGUCCAAGACUUCCGGCAGUUACCGGAAGCAGCUGCUGUUUCCGGUUCACUAGCACGUCCGACCACCAGACUUCUCGGUCCUUACGCAAGCUUUCUACAAUUUUACUACGUAAAUAUCUUCGUUUAUCGUCAAAUGCACGGUUACUUGGAGUAGACCGACGUGCUUUGAUCACUUGUAAGGAGCCUGUAGAAAGCCGUGUGAGAGAAUUUCGAAGGAGGAUCUGACUCUCCUCAUACUCGACCGUACCCGGGAAUUUCGGGGAAAUUUGUAAAUUUAUCAGUCACUUGUUGAAAUGUAGAGGAAGUCAAUUAUGACAAUGAAAGUAAAAGUAACCAGGCAGACGUACAGUUCCUAUCAAUAAUAGAAGAACCUGUCCAAACUGGUACAAUGCACAAUAGCACAUAAAACGGAGAAAAGUUUUGAAGUCAACAUAUGUGGUAAAGGGAAGUCAUAAUUGAUAGAGUCUUAUUUGUGGGAUCGUUAGUUCGCGAUGUUAAAUAGUCCCAUACUAGGAUGAGACGACCCCCCGGUGCUUCCAGGUUUUCACUGGUGGCCUAAUAUUCAUCGGUUCGUGAUCUCAAUAGUAUUUACUGUCAAAAAGUUACUAAAACAAUCAUAGUAGUUAACAAUGUUAAUACAGCUACAUAGUUCAAAUUUAGAGGACAUUGGACAUUAGUUUUUUCGUAGUUUGACAUUCAUUAUUAAUACGCAGAUAGUAUGGAACAGCUACCCAGUACCUCUCAGUUUUCAACAGUUCCUUAGCUGAGGUCUUUUCGUACUAUAGUUUAGUUGAGUAGAUUUCAUGGAGGCUGGUUCAGUUUGUAGGUUCUACUUGUUGAAAAUUGG